AUGGCAUUUAGUGAAAUAUCCGGCUACCGAGGAGUGUAUGCAAACUUAUACACACCAGCAAUCAUCAUCGGAGGAAUACUUGCUCUGAUUGCAACUGUGCUCUCUCUAUGGCUAAUUUUGCAACAUCUCCGAUCAUACAAUAACCCUGCAGAACAGAAAUGGGUAAUUGGUGUAUUACUUAUGGUCCCUGUUUAUGCCAUUGAAUCUGUGAUAUCCUUGUCAACACCAAAAUUUUCUUUAAUCUGUGAUAUCUUGAGAAACUGCUAUGAAGCAUUCGCCUUAUAUUCUUUUGGAAGCUAUUUGGUUGCUUGCCUAGGUGGCGAAAGGGAAGUUAUAAAAUUGUUAGAGAAUGAGGAAAGGAAAAAUCUUCAUGAGAAAUUGAUCGAGAAAAAAGAGAGAAGAGUAGGUCAUGAGUUCUUUUGCAACCCAAGUGUGCUUGGAGAAGAUCUGUACAUUAUAGUAAAAUUCGGUCUCGUACAAUAUAUGAUCUUGAAGACAUUGUGUGCUUUCUUAUCACUAAUUUUGGAGAUUUUUGGAUUUUAUGGUGUCGGAGAAUUCAAAUGGUAUUACGGGUACCCAUAUAUUACGGUUGUCAUAAACUUCAGCCAAAUGUGGGCAUUGUACUGCCUCGUCCAAUUUUACGAUGUAACACAUCAUAGGUUGCAGCGGAUCAAGCCAUUGGCGAAGUUCAUCAGCUUUAAGGCCAUCGUCUUUGCAACUUGGUGGCAAGGUGUCGGCGUUGCUUUAAUAUGUUAUUUUGGCGUCCUACCGAAAGAAGAGAAGAUCCAAAAUGGGAUUCAAGAGUUUCUUAUUUGCGUAGAAAUGGCUAUCGCAGCUAUUGCCCAUAUUUUCGUCUUCUCUCCUGAACCAUAUCGAUACUUGCCUGUUUCCGAGGAUGGAAAUGUGAUAACAUCCGUGGAUUCAAAAGCCAAGCGAAAGUUGGAGGAGGAUGACGGCGAGGAAAAGCCUGCUAUGGUUGAAGAAACUGAAACUCAUGUCGAAGCUCCUGGAACAAGCAUCACUGAAAGUGUUCAUGAUGUUUUUAUCGGUGGUGGCGAAACUGUAGUUAAGGAUGUGGUGUUAACAAUCUCUCAAGCAAUGGAGCCUGUAGAAAAGGGUGUUAAUAAGAUACAAGAGACCUUCCAUCACAUCACUCUCAGCUCCGAGAAGGAUGAGGAAGAACCAAAUCUCGAGAUUAAAGAGCACGUCAAGGAGAAUAUCAAGGACGGUGUGCCCGAAGUCAUAACAGAGGAAAGGGAGGUUAAAAAGCUUUGAUCUAAUAAUAAUU